CAGUUAACAAAGUACAAAGAAAAAAGAGGGAAAAAUAAAAAUUGAUAGAGCAAACAAACAGCACCACUUGCAGUCACCGCCGUCGUGGGAGGAGAUUCACUCGUCGCCUAGCAGUCACCGCCGUCGUGGGAGGAGAUUCACUCGCCGCCGCUGUAUGUUCAAUCAACACGGCUUCAUGCGCUCAUAGGUUUUGAUAAUGUCGUUGUAGUCUGUAGCUCUAAUCUAGAAAAUUUGUUAUCUACCGCCGUUCAUAGAGGCUCUUUCGCCGCCGCGUGGAGCAUAGGUUGUGUCAACGUAUCGUCGCUUAACGGCUACAUCAUCGUCCUGUUGGUGCAUGAUUAUUGAUUUUGGAGACACAAAAAUGGCGUGGAGGGUUUUUUCAUCACGGCUUCUCAACAAAUUUCACUUCUACAAUCAUAAUCUCACCCCUUUCUUAUUACUUCACCAAACAAGGUACUCACAUUGCUGUAGCUUGAAUUAUGUCAUAUGCAAGGUUUAUGGUCAUCAGCAUGAUUUCAAAGUUCCUUCUACUCUAGGGUUCCAAUCCUUUCAUUCAGCUCCAUUUUUAAAGUUUAAUCAUAAGGUUGUAGACCAACUUCAGGAUUCUCCAAAUUCCCCAACUGCUAAUGGUGAUAAUGGUGAUGUCAAAGUUAUAAGGAAAACACUCAAGGGUAAAAGAGCUGUUGUAAGAUGGCUUAAGUUCUUUAGGUUUAAGAAGAAGAAAGAGUUUCAAAGGAUGACUACAGAGGAAAGAAUUUUAUACAAACUAUUCAAGGCUCGAAAAAAAGAAGAGAGACUUCGUGAAGCUUUGAAGAAGAUUGAGCCUACAGAAUCAUCAGAAACAACCCAUGAUCCUGAGAUAUUGACACCGGAAGAGCACUUUUUCUUCUUAAAAAUGGGUUUAAAAAGCAAAAAUUAUGUGCCAGUUGGUAGACGGGGAAUUUACCAAGGUGUAAUUUUGAACAUGCAUCUACAUUGGAAAAAACAUCAAACUUUGCAAGUGGUGGUGAAGACAUUUUCAGCAGAGGAGGUUAGGGAGAUUGCUACUGAGCUGGCAAGAUUAACUGGAGGUAUAGUGCUUGACAUUCAUGAAGAUGACACAAUAAUAAUGUACAGAGGAAAAAAUUACGCUCAACCACCAACAGAGAUAAUGUCUCCACGAGUCACUCUCUCAAGAAAGAAGGCAUUGGAUAAAUCAAAAUAUAGGGAUGGCCUCCGAGCUGUGAGGAGAUAUAUUCCCAAACUUGAGCAAGAGCUUGAAAUUCUUCGGGCACAACUUACAAGCACAGGUGAAAGUAACAUAGAAGCAGCAGAGGGAAGUGACAGAGUGAGCGUUGAACCCAAUAGUGUUUCAAAUUCCCAAUUAGAUAAAAUUAGUGCGAUGUUUAAUGAUAACAAUGGUUGCUCAGAGGAGGAUGAAGAAGAUAUGGACUCUGAUUUGGAUUCAUAUUCUGAUAAAUUAUCAGACAUCUUUGAGACAGAUUCAGAUACAGAGAACUUGGUAAGGGAGGAGAAACCUCUUUAUUUGGAUGAAUUUAAUAAUUUUCCCGAGCAAAGUGAUGGAGACACAGAUGAUUUUGAGGAGCAUCUGCAACAAAUAUCAUUCAACUCCAAAAAAGUGGAAAAAGAUGCUGACUUGCCCAAGUUUGAUGAAGUUGACCAGAUUUUUCUGCGUGCUGCAUCAUUUUUAAAGAAAAAGAGAAAAUGAGACCAAUCAUUGUACUCAAUGUAGUUUCUUUUUUGCGGGAGGAUGUAUUAUAGGUGGAGAUUUUUGGAGGAGAGGCAGAUAUAAUUCAUUUAUUUAUGAUAAACCAUUAAGACUGUCAACUUUUUUCGAUAAACUGUUAUAGAAUGAGAUUAAAUGUAAUUUUCCAUGUAACUAUAUCACUUUUAGUUUUAGUUUUGAUGAAAUAAUAUUUAAUUUUGGUCUUUGCAA